GCGUCGUGCUCGCGUCAGCCGGUAAUGUGGCGCUGACUGUCCCGCUGCUUCCAGACCAGCACGGUUUCACGGUCCUACACUGCUCCAGCUGAGCCAGCAUGCCUCCCAAGAAGCCCGCCCCGGCCGCGGGGAACAAGAAGACCCAGGAGAAGAAGAAGGAGAAGAUUAUUGAGGACAAGACGUUCGGCUUGAAGAACAAGAAGGGGGCCAAGCAGCAGAAGUUCAUCAAAAACGUCACUCAGCAAGUCAAGUAUGGACAGCAGAGCGCCCGGCAGAUGGCCCAGGCCGAGUUGGACAAGGGCGGCAAGAAGGCCGACAAGAAGAAGGAGCUGGACGAGCUGAACGAGCUCUUCAAACCCGUCGUCGCUGCGCAGAAAGUCAGCAAAGGCGUGGAUCCCAAGUCGGUGCUGUGCGCCUUCUUCAAGCAGGGCCAGUGCACCAAGGGGGACAAGUGCAAGUUCAGCCACGACCUGUCCAUGGAGAGGAAGUGUGAGAAGAGGAGCGUGUACGUGGACGAGCGGGACGAGGACCUGGAGAAGGACACGAUGGAGAACUGGGACGAGAAGAAGCUGGAGGAGGUGGUGAACAAGAAGCACGGCGAGGCGGAGAAGAAGAAGGCCAAGACCCAGAUCGUGUGCAAGUACUUCCUGGAGGCCAUCGAGAACAACAAGUACGGCUGGUUCUGGGUGUGUCCAGCAGGGGGCGACAGCUGCAUGUACCGCCACGCCCUGCCGCCCGGCUUCGUCCUGAAGAAGGACAAGAAGAAGGAGGAGAAGGAGGAGGAGAUCUCGCUGGAGGAGCUGAUCGAGAACGAGCGAGCGGCUCUGGGGGUGAACGUGACCCGGAUCACUCUGGAGACCUUCCUGGCCUGGAAGAAGAGGAAGCGGCAGGAGAAGGUGGACCGAGCCCGAGAGGAGAUGGAGAAGAAGAAGGCCGACUUCAAGGCGGGGAAGUCUCUGGUGGUGAGCGGCCGAGAGGUGUUCGAGUUCCGGCCCGAGCUGGUGGACGACGACGACGACGAGGCCGACGACACCCGCUACGCCGGACAGGAGGAGGAGGAGGACGAGCAGACAGAGGUGGACACCGCAGCGGUCCAGGACAUCGACUUGUCCCGCUUCGUCCCGCAGGAGGUGGACAACACGGGCAUCACCGUGGCGUCCACGGACCGGUUCGCCUCCAGGGGCAAAACGGAGAACCCCGACGCGGACCACGACGAGCAGCUGAACGGCGCCUGCGGCGGCGCCGAGGCCAACGGGCUCUCCGGGGAGGACGGGGGCGGCGACGAGGAUGAGGACGACGAGGACGAGGAGGUUCCGGUGGACGAGAACCUGUUCACAGGAGAAGACCUGGAGGAGCUGGACGAGGAGCUGAACACGCUGGCUCUGGAGGACUGAGGACGAGGACAAGGACGGACCGAGAGACAAAGGGACGGACCGACAGAUGCAUGGAGCUGAACAAGAGACCAGACCGAGGAUUUUAACGGAUCACAUCAGGCCCAUCCCCCACCCCCCACCCGCCCUGACCCCGAAGACACCUCCAGGGUCCAGAGCCUGCUCCUCUGCAGCUUCUUCAUGUGGCUCUGCAAACGUUCUGGAGUUCUGGUUCUGAUGGGACAGAGCCGAACCGGUCCCGGUGACAGAACCUCUGCUGCAGGAAGGCGUCCUCCAGGCGGUCUGUCCUCCAGGCGUCUUGCAGCUCCACCCCCUCACGCCAAAGCCCCCAUCUGAAGGCCGGUCCCUCUGAGCGGAUCCUGGUCUGGAUCCACUGAACUGAAUCAGAUUGAAGCCCUGAACUGUAAAUAAUCUUCUGAGUUUCCUCCUGAAGAAAAAAUAAAAUCUCUGUACAUCC